AGCUGGAAUUUAAAGGCAGAAGAACCUCCAGCUGCAUCAGUCCUGCUGUCAUCCGCAAACGCUGCCAUGACUCCACUGCUGCUCGCCGCCGUGCUACUGGGGAACCUGACCAUCUGCAUCUUAGGACAAGAGCUGCUUGCUCCGCCUACUCAGGUGAGGUUCAACUCCACCGACUACAGAAACGUCAUGAUCUGGACUCCGCCCACCAACCAGACCUCACUGCAGUACCAUGUCCAGUGGAAGAUUUAUGGUGAGCAGGAGUGGCUGAACGUGGCCAGCUGUCAGGGCAUCCAGGAGCAUCAGUGUGACCUGAGUCGGGUCACCUCCGAUACGUCAGAGUGGUACUACGCCCGCGUGCACGCGUCCUCCGCGGCCUCCGGCAGCCGGUCUGCGUGGACCCUGUCCCCCAGAUUCAGCCCUCGCUGGGAAACUAAAAUCAGCGCCCCUGUGCUGAAGCUGAGCAUCAGCAAACGCAACCACAUUCAGGUUCAUGUGAAGCCUCCCAGAGUGCUGCUGCGCAAAAUGCGCAGUAAUCUGCUCUUCAAGAUCUUUGUCAUCAACGCCGGUGGGGAGGAGAGGGAGUUUGACAUGGACUGCUGCUCCAACAGGCUGACUCUUCCUAAACUGAAGCACAAGGCAAAGUUCUGCAUCCAGGCACAGACCAUCAUCUUACCGCAGAUCAAGAGCAGCGCUCGAAGCCAUGAGAAGUGCAUCACCGCACCCUGAAGUCACAGCAAAGUGGAGCGCUUUGGCUCAGCCUCUGCCUGCAGUCUCCAUCUGAGCUACCUCGACGACCGCAGCCUCACGUCUCCAAGCGUUAUGGUCCAAAGCACUCCAAAGGGCCAAACUUAAGGAGUAUUUCAAACAGGAGUUCCUAUAAAUAUUUUAUACCAUUUAAUUUCAGGACUAUUAUCCCCCCCCCCAUUAGUAAAUAAUUUGAUAAUUUUAUUUAGGAGCACCUAUCAAGAAAUCCAAAGACACUGCAAAAAAAAAAAACAAUAAAUAUGGUUAACAUUUACCUUGAGCUGUUAGUUAUAUAACCCUAAAAUGUCCAAGGUGAUGUGCAGCAUAAUGAUAAUAAUGGAAGCAUUCAAACAUUUUUAGAUCCCACAUUUGUCUAAGCAUAAAUAAAUUUGAAGAUGUAAGAUUUUUGAUGUAAGGAGGGUUCACCUCCACCAGAGGGCGCCAAAUCCUCUGGUGACAGUGCUCAAUUGAAGGAACAGAAAGCUUCACAUCUUUUUUUCUGAUGUUUCUUUUCAUGAUAAAUGUAUCACUGCUGAUGCUGCUAUAAUUAUUCUCAAACAGUUCUCAGAUUGUAGUUCACAUGAAUUUUUUAGUCUUUAUAUAAACACAAAAAUACAUGUAAACCUAUUUAUAACCUAUAUAUUUGUUUGCCUUUUUCAGCUAAAAAAAAAACGGGAUCUAAAGGAUCUCCCUAAAGGUAAAUGGUAUAUGCUGUGGGAGGUGAAGGCAUACAAUGUGUGAAGGUGCCAGAUAUUUGUGUUGCAUGUGUAACUAACAAAUUAAAGUUCUCUAUUUUACCUUUA